AUGUUCAUUCUUACUGACCGAGGCAACUCUGAGCUCUUGCAUGCGCCUCAGCUCGAGCUGCAGGACGAUGUUGACCCAGCCUCUAGAGGCCUUUCCGGCCGCUUCUUGCACAUAACCGACUUACAUCCCGAUGCAUAUUAUGAAUCCGGAGCGUCACCCGACAGGGCCUGUCAUCGAGGAGACGGCUCGGCUGGAUACUAUGGAGCAGAAGGAACCGAAUGCGACUCGCCUAUCACUUUGAUCAACGAAACAUUCCGCUGGAUCGAAAAAAACCUUAAGGGCAAGGUGGACUUCGUUAUUUGGACUGGAGACUCGGCUCGCCACGACAACGACGAGAAGAAUCCCCGGGAACCAGAGGAGGUGCUCGACUUGAAUAAGCUGGUGGCGAAGAAGUUCGUGGAGACUUUCAAGGAUGAACGGUCUGUGAAAGGUAUCUCGAUUCCGAUUAUUCCCACCUUCGGCAACAACGACAUCAUGCCUCACAACAUCUUCAAGGCCGGCCCCAAUCGAUGGACAAAGCAAUACAGAGAGAUCUGGUCCAAUUUCAUACCCGAGCAUCAGCUUCACAGCUUCGUCGAAGGUGGCUGGUUCAUUUCCGAGGUGAUUCCCGAGAAGCUGGCUGUGGUCAGCUUGAACACAAUGUACUUCUUCGACUCGAAUUCGGCCGUCGAUGGCUGCGCUGCGCGAUCCGAACCAGGUUACGAGCAUAUGGAAUGGCUGCGGGUGCAGCUUGAAAUGUUGCGCGGGAGGCACAUGAAGGCUAUUCUCAUGGGACACGUUCCUCCUGCUCGGGCUGGCUCCAAGCGGAACUGGGAUGAGUCCUGCUGGCAGAAGUAUACCUUGUGGCUUCACCAGUUCCGGGACGUUGUGGUGGGCAGUGUCUAUGGACACAUGAAUCUCGACCAUUUCAUGCUUCAGGAUAGUCACAAGGUGGAUAUCGUCGAGGUCGACAAGUCUUUCGCGUAUCUUGGCGGCGCUGGAGACCCAGAUGAGCUGUCUACGAAAUCCCGUUCCGAUUACCUCUCCAAUCUCAGGAAAGACUGGUCGAAAUUGCCGUCUGUUCCAGCGGGCACGUCCAAAAGCUUUUCGAUGGACGCUUGGUUCGACGAUGAUGACCUAUCGGUCCAAGGGUCCAAGAAGAAGCAAAAAAAGCGCUUCUUGAAAAAAAUCGGCGGACCCUUUGCAGAACGAUACAGUGUCUCGUUGGUUUCUCCCAGCGUAGUACCGAACUAUUUCCCGACUCUGCGAGUUGUGGAGUAUAACAUCACUGGAUUGGAACAUGCAGCCACUUGGGCCAAAACACCUUCCCACAGUAGCCUGGAUAGCGUUUCGCCAGGAAAGCAGGAUGACAGCCCGUUGUCUGAGACACAGGCACAGCAAAGCAAGAAGCCCCACUUCAGAAUUCCAGGCCCUCCAUCCAAAUCCGCACCUCCGGGACCGGCGUACUCAAACCAAGCGCUUUCUUGGCUCGGCUACACUCAAUACUUUGCGAACCUAACUAGAAUCAAUAGUCAGAUGGCAAAUCGCGGGGCAACAGGCGAUGAAGCAGAAGAGGUUACUGGUUCGAAGCCCGACGAUAUAUUCGCUUAUGAAGUGGAGUACAAUACUCGAGACGAUAAGGUCUAUAAGAUGGAUGACCUCACUGUACGCAGUUUCUUCAAACUUGCUUCACGAAUGGCCAAGCGGAAAGCCCGCAAGGGCCAGUCGUCUUCUCUCGAAUAUGUGGAUGAAGCCGACUUGGAUGAUCUCGACGCAAAGAAUGACUACGAUGACCAGGACAUCGAAGCGGAGAAGAAAAAGAAGAAGAACCGUGUAUGGAAGACAUUCGUGACGAGGGCCUUCGUUGGCCUACUGAAAAGCAACGACAUUGACGACAUAAAUUGA